AUGGAUGUGAUUUCUCAAUCCGGGAAAUGCUGGUUAGUUUCAGAAAAAUAAUGAUAAUUCUACAAAUGAAUUGAAUUUUAAGGGGAAAAUGGAAUAUGGCUGAAAACGGGACAACAAUAUUCGAAAAACUCGGAUUCCAGGAAGAUGAAUGUUCCCCAACCAAUCUCACUUUAUUUAUAACACCAUUCAAUUCUUCAGAGAAUUUACAAAGUUUGAUGGCUAUUGAAUGGGUGAGUAUCAUAAUUUAUAUUCAUAUUAUUUCAAAAAAUUGAUUUUUUUUCAGUUGGGACAACAAGUAAACUUCACAACAAAUGCCAUGACUGCUGUCAAAUUAUAA